CUGAACCUCUCCACCAUCGACCAACAACACUCCCCUCUCCGACCACAGCGUCCCCUCCACCGCAAUCAUGUUCUCCUCCACCGUGAGACAGUUUGCAGGACGCAGCGUCGUCCGCCCAUCGCGCAACUUCUCCUCGACCGCGCGAGCGAACAAAAUCAUCACCAACAGCCAGCCUCUGCGAGCAAAGCACGCCUCGGGCUCCAUCUCCGCCAAAUACCCCAUCAUCGACCACGAAUACGAUGCCCUGGUAGUCGGCGCUGGUGGCGCUGGUCUGCGUGCCGCCUUCGGUCUCGCCGAGGCCGGGUUCAACACAGCAUGUAUAUCGAAGCUUUUCCCGACACGAUCACACACCGUGGCCGCGCAGGGUGGAAUCAACGCGGCGCUUGGAAACAUGCACGACGACGACUGGAGAUGGCACAUGUACGACACCGUCAAGGGAUCCGACUGGCUCGGUGACCAGGACGCCAUCCACUACAUGACCCGCGAGGCUCCGGCCUCCGUUUACGAGCUCGAGAACUACGGCUGCCCAUUCUCCCGUACCGACGAUGGCAAGAUUUACCAGCGUGCCUUCGGUGGACAAUCGAAGGAGUUUGGAAAGGGAGGUCAGGCAUACCGAUGCUGCGCCGCCGCCGACCGAACAGGCCACGCGCUUCUGCACACACUCUAUGGCCAGUCGCUCCGACACAACACCAACUACUUCAUCGAGUUCUUUGCCAUUGAUCUCAUCAUGGAGGAUGGUGAGUGUAAGGGUGUAAUUGCAUACAACCAGGAAGACGGUACUCUCCACCGCUUCCGCUCUCACCACACCGUUCUCGCUACCGGCGGAUACGGCCGCGCCUACUUCUCUUGCACUUCCGCCCAUACCUGCACCGGAGACGGAAUGGCCAUGGUCGCCCGUGCUGGUCUUCCCAACCAGGAUCUCGAAUUCGUGCAGUUUCACCCAACUGGUAUCUACGGAGCUGGAUGCUUGAUUACUGAGGGUUCUCGUGGUGAGGGUGGUUACCUUUUGAACAGCGAGGGUGAGCGCUUUAUGGAGCGUUACGCACCCACUGCUAAGGAUUUGGCAUCUCGCGAUGUCGUGUCCCGCAGCAUGACCAUGGAGAUUCGUGAAGGCCGCGGUGUCGGCCCUGACAAGGACCACAUCUACCUCCAGCUUUCUCACUUGCCACCAGAGGUCCUUCACGAGCGCCUCCCAGGUAUCUCUGAGACCGCCUCGAUUUUUGCCGGUGUCGAUGUCACCAAGCAGCCAAUUCCUGUGCUCCCAACCGUGCACUACAACAUGGGUGGUAUCCCCACGAAGUAUACCGGAGAGGUUCUUACUGUGGAUGAGAACGGCAAGGACAAGGUCGUGCCAGGCCUUUUCGCUUGCGGUGAGGCUGCUUGUGUGUCCGUCCACGGUGCCAACCGUCUUGGCGCCAACUCUCUCCUCGAUCUUAUUGUUUUCGGCCGUGCUGUCAGCCACACGAUCCGCGACAACUUCUCGCCUAACAAGCCACACAAGGAGGUCUCUGCCGAUGCUGGUGCAGAGGCUGUGUCUAUUGUUGACCAGAUCCGCACUGCGGAUGGAGCCAAGAGCACAGCCGAGAUUCGCAGCGAGAUGCAGAAGGUCAUGCAGUCUGAUGUCUCCGUGUUCAGGACUCAAGAGUCGCUUGACGAGGGUGUUGAGAAGAUCAACAAGGUCGAUAAAUUGUUCGACCAGGUCGGCACAAAGGACCGCAGCAUGAUCUGGAAUUCCGACCUCGUUGAGACUCUCGAGCUCCGCAACCUCCUUACCUGCGCCGUCCAGACCGCCGAAGCUGCCGCCAACCGCAAAGAGUCCCGUGGCGCUCACGCACGCGAGGACUUUCCUGACCGUGACGACGAGAACUGGAUGAAGCACACGCUCACAUGGCAGAGGAAGCCGCACACUCCAGUCGAGAUCGGUUACCGCUCCGUUGUUGCCAACACAUUAGACGAGGCCGAGUGCAAGGCUGUUCCACCUUUCAAGCGAACUUAUUAGAGGAAAUGCAUGGAGUUGGAAGGAAGGAAGCGGGAUGAAAGAACGAGGCCGAUUUGGUCUCCCAGAAUUGUAGAGCCGACUUGGGCUGGCUUUGCAGACGAGGUGUUUCGACCUUGUCGGAGGAAGGGCGUGCAUAGUCUCAUCCACAGUGUUUUCGAGCAGCGAAGCGUCGUCGAUUUUUGUGCUUGUAAAUAUAACAGAAGAAUACAAACCAUCAACGUUUG